AUGCUAGAUAAUAAUAUUAUAGAAAGAAUAUCAUUGUUAAAUGAAAGUAAUCAAAAAAAACAAAAUUUCAAACCUUUAAAUAAUGAUUUGUUGAUGAUUCAAGAGGAUGAUGAUAAUUCAACAAUUCAUGAUGAUGAAAGCUCUUUAAAUAUUUCUUUUCAAGAAAUAUUUAAAGCUUUUGAUAAAAUCUUAAAAUUUUUAAAAAAUCCACCUGAAAAUAUAGAAAUAUCUCAAUUAGAAAUUGAAUCAUUUAAUUCCUCUUAUAAGCCACAAACAAUAUUAUUAUCUCUACCCAACUCAACUAAUCAGCCCGACACAAACUUAUAUUUGGACAAUGAACUACUUCCAGACUCAGACCUAGAUGAUAACUCACAACACAGCUAUAAUAACCUAUGUCCUGAAACCAUUACACAAAUAACUGAGAAUUUAGGCUCUAUAGACCCUCUUUCAUGCUAUAACAAAUUUCUUUUUUAUCAUAGACUUCCUUCACUAAAACAUCCACAAACUAUCUUUACUUUUCUUCAAUAUAUUAGACAUGAUUUCCCCUUAUACUAUUCACCAGAUCUUAUAAAAAUUUCAAUCCUCAAUAACAAGAAUCAGGAUAAUGAAUAUACUGAAGCAUAUAUUUAUCUUCUACACAAGCCUUACCCUCUUCCUAAUCACUUUAUACCUCCUUUUGCUUCCUUACUUGAUUGGUUUAAAUAUGUUUCUCUUAAAUCAAAAUAA